AUGCAAUAUCCUACUUCUGAAAUUACUCUUCAGCUCGAUAAAUUACCUCAUGAGCAUUAUCUUCCCGGAGAACAAGUCAAGUGCAAAGUAAUGUUAAAAGUCGACGAAAACAUCCAAAUCCAGAGCAUUUCCGUGCAAUUUAAGGGGCGUGCCAAGACUUUUUGGACCAACGAAACCUUAGAUUGCGGCAUUGAAGAGUUUAACGGGCACGAACAAUAUUUUUCGAGUUUUCAGUACAUUUUUGGCGUUCAAAAUGGACCUCAACAACUUGUGAAACCCGGAAUUUACGCUUUCGAUUGUCAUUAUCGACUUCCGUCGCACUUGCCUGAUUCCAUGAAGUCGCUCUACGGACAAGUUGUUUACAGUGUGAAUGUUCAAGUGCAAACAAAUUCCCAUGAAAUCAAGCAAAAGGAAGUUUUACGAGACUUUCGGGUGUUAUCGCAACUCGACUUGAAUAAUUAUCCAAAUUUAAAGUGCAAAGUUGAUAGUUUGACGAAGGAAAUUUACGGAUGUCAGUGUUGUUCGUGCAUCACACUUUGCAAAUCGCGCGUUAUCGAUAUGUUAACUGUUGUACCAUGCGGCGGAUAUGUUCCCGGCGAUAAAAUUCCAAUUUUUAUCGAAAUUGACAACAACAGCAAAAAGUCCAUGGAAAGCGUUUUAUGCGAAUUUUACGAAAUAAUGACUUUUACAACGUUAGAACCUCGUUUAGACACGAAAAAAGUCGUUCGUUUGUUAUGGGAGCACAAAUUUAACGGAAUUCCCGCCGGAGAAAAUAGAUUUUUUCAGACAAAUUUGACGCUGAAGCCCGAAUAUGAGUUCAAAGUGUUGUACGGAUGCGGCAUAAUUGAUGUGAAAUAUUUUAUCAAGACAACUGGCGUGAUUUUCGGGCAUCCGAAACAAGUUAAGAACGAAAUUGAACUAAUGAUUGGCACGAAACCCUUCGAUGAUGCUGAAACAUUGAAAAAUAACGUGAAAAAAGAUAUUUCCAUGAAGAAAAUUAUUCGGGGAUCGAUGCUUGAUGGCGAUUCGAGUGAUGCAACUUCAGAAAAGACUCCUUUGAUUCCGAAAAAGAACUAA